GCCCGUGGAGGGGAGGCUGCAGAGCGAGGGCAGGAGGUGGGUGCGGCGCGGUGCGACCGGAGACUCGGGGCGCAGAGACAGCCGGACUACUUUCCAGCACCCCAGCCUCCUGCCAUGUCUGACCCCAUCACACUGAAUGUCGGGGGGAAGCUCUAUACGACCUCACUGGCAACCUUGACCAGCUUCCCCGACUCCAUGCUGGGCGCCAUGUUCAGUGGGAAGAUGCCCACCAAGAGGGACAGCCAAGGCAACUGCUUCAUUGACCGUGAUGGCAAAGUGUUCCGCUACAUCCUCAACUUCCUGCGGACCUCCCACUUGGACUUGCCUGAGGACUUCCAGGAGAUGGGCCUGCUCCGAAGGGAGGCCGACUUCUACCAGGUGCAGCCCCUGAUUGAGGCGCUGCAGGAGAAGGAGGUGGAGCUCUCGAAGGCUGAGAAGAACGCCAUGCUCAACAUCACCCUGAACCAGCGUGUGCAGACAGUCCACUUCACCGUGCGGGAGGCACCUCAGAUCUACAGCCUCUCUUCCUCCAGUAUGGAGGUCUUCAAUGCCAACAUCUUCAGUACCUCUUGCCUCUUCCUCAAGCUCCUUGGCUCCAAACUCUUCUACUGCUCCAAUGGUAAUCUCUCCUCCAUCACCACCCAUUUGCAGGACCCCAAUCACCUGACUCUUGACUGGGUGGCCAAUGUGGAGGGCCUGCCAGAGGAGGAGUACACCAAGCAGAACCUCAAGAGGCUCUGGGUGGUGCCAGCCAACAAGCAAAUCAAUAGCUUCCAGGUCUUCGUGGAGGAGGUGCUGAAAAUUGCUCUGAGUGAUGGCUUCUGCAUCGAUUCUUCUCACCCACAUGCUGUGGAUUUUAUGAACAAUAAGAUUAUUCGAUUAAUACGAUACAGGUAAAAGGACCCCAGCAACACUAGAAGGGGGGCUCCCAAGAAGCUCCAUGUCAGCCAGAGAGUGACUCGCCAGUGGUGUGAGGCAGGGCGCUAUACUAAUCUGUAUUAAUCGCGUAGCAGGACUUGAUUCCCCCCCACAGUGCAGUCUACCUGUAGGAAUCCAUGUGUCCUCUCAAUGGAGCUCCCUUUUCCUUGCCACUUUUGAGCUACAGGGGCAGUUUGUCAGAAGUGAAGGGUCUGCCAGUGUGUCCUAAAAGAGCCCACAGGAGGGCUUUCUGGCUACAGAGGAACGGCGAGUUUUCCACAGGCUCCAGCUGUCUCUGUAUCACUAGGCAGUGCCUCACUUAGCCGUCUGUGAAAGGAGCCCCUGGUGGAGGGGAAGGGGUGAAAACAAGAGGCUCCCUUCAGUUUCCUAGGAUGUAACGUCACUGGGGAUUCCCGUCCUGCCUGCUCCUCUUUCCCUAGGAUGCAGCCAGGACCUUGGACUUGUUUGCCCAUGGGCAACCAUGCUUGGCUGGCUUGGAAAUGCAGUAGAUUUCAGAGUUGUCUUUUGGCCCCCCCACCAUGGUGGAGAGAUAUGGGAGCUGUGGCAUGGCCUAGAGGAGCGAGCAUCCAGGCAGGGUUCAGAAGAUGGGGACAUGCCUCUGGACUGAGCCAGAUGCAGACAUUCGGGAUUUCUCACGUCACAAGUGAGCCACUGUCCCUGUGAAGAUUUUAAAGUACCUGGAGCCACUGUAGUGAAAGGCAUUUCAUGACAUGAACUGUUACGUGACCUGUAAUCCUCUCCCCAAGAAUUUGAAGUAUCAUUGAAAGAGGUCAUUUUAAACGAAUAAUAUUAUGGACUCUCAGGGUUGGAAAAUAAUUUAAUGGUCGCUUAGCCCUGGCCCCCAGCACACCCCAGCCCAUGUGGGGCUAAGCGCCUCUCCCCAGGACCUCCAAGUGAUCACAUUCCUGCUUGCAUACUUCCAGCAACAGGAAGCUCAUCAAGCUCAAGGCAGCCCCUGCCAUGGUUGGCCAGUGCUGGCUGUUAGAAAGCCCUUCCUUAUAUUGAACGAAAAGCUUUCUUCCUCUCCCAUUUUCUAGUCUUGGAUCUAGACCUUCCUUGUCACCCAAAUAUGUAUUUACUCUUUCAGAAUAGUCACCACUUAUUCUGAAAGUAGUAUUACUCAGAAUUAGGAUUCCCCCUGGGAUUUGUCCAGAACCAAGGUUAGCCCCCUUCCCAUCCCUUAUAAGUCAGCCCCAUUUUGUGAUGGCUUUGCUUUGUUUUGUGACCCCCAUUUCACCCACCUCCUCACCAUCUGUGGCUCCGCAUAGCUUUUGACCACCUCCUAUUGGAGGAUAAAGAUUUGUUGCUCCAAGAAAGUGUUGUCAGAUGAAGGAGACCAGGAUUUAGUGGGGCGGAUUGCACCAAGGAGCACCGGAGUUACCAUAACACUGCUCUCAGAGUGAGUGCCCACGCCCUAGGACAUUGCUCAGGAAGAAGUGGGCUUCCACUGUGAUACUGUUUCUGGGCAUAACCAACCUGUGGACCUAAAGUCCAGGGAAAGAUACCCCAUGCCACCACUUCCGAGGGGGUGAUGAACAGUGCAGGCCUCAGAACUGCACAUUAUGAUUCAUCCCUGAAGUAUGGCCUUGGAAGUCCCAGAAUCAUUGGGCAGGGGCCCUCAGACAAAACCAAGGAAGCCCAGUGACACAGGCACCCACAAGAGAUGGGCUGAGGAAGGGGCUUCCUAUAGUUAACACCCUGGCAGCAGGGAGCUUGUAUGCUCGGCUGUGGGCAAGGCUGCAUCCGUUAGGUAAUAAAGGCCUUUUCCCCCUACAGUGGGACGCAGGAGUCUCUGACAGCUGUCCCAGGCCACCAGGCCAAUGGUACUCGGGAAGGUCACUCAGAACCCAGGUUAGAACAGACACAGCAGAAGUUGUGACCACAACAAAACAGUUUAAGGAAGAAAUCUUGUAAAUCACCACUGCCCUUUUCCUUCUCUGUAAAAAGUAUCUUUCUCCAUCUUCUCGGUGCUUCUUAAUUCACAUGGCUUGACGUUAGAGAAAGUAAAGGACUUGUGAAGCCACUAAUGUGCUGUGUGACUUUGUGCAAGUCACUCACCUCACUGAGCCACUUCCAUUUCUUCAUCUGUGAAAUGGGCAUAACAGUAAUACAUAACCCUACCUACCUCACAGGGCUGUUGUGAGGAUCAAUUGAAAUAAUGUAUAUGAGAAUACAAUAUAAAUGAUAAUUGGUGUUA